UAUUUCAGGUUUAAUUACGACGACUAUGAGACGACUGAACCGAGAGCAUCAAGAAGAGCACACACUAGAGGUUUUAAUCGCUGAUAAUGGAAAGCCACCUUUAUCGUCAACCACAAGAGUUGUAAUUAAAGUUGAAGACGUUAACGAGCACGCUCCAGAAUUUGAAGAUAACUUUUAUAAAGUUCAAAUUCCGUCAAGUGCCAGUUUGGAUGCCCCCGUUUUUCAGAACGAUGAACAAGAUGAUUUCGAGGGGGCAGAUGCCGCGGCAGAUGACGAUUGGGAAAUGUUUGGAGCUAAUGACGUUAUUGGUCUUGAUCGCGUACUGCGGGUCUUGGCUUACGACAAGGACUCGGGUGCUAAUGGUGAAAUACGGUACAGUAUCAAGUCUGGAAAGGGUCGGACAAAAUUUAAGAUCGAUAGUAUCACUGGAGUUGUCUACGCGCAGAAAGGGUUUGAACCUGGUCAGGAGUACGAGCUUAAUGUCAAAGCAACUGAUCGAGGGGAACCGCCCAAGAGUUCUACGUGCCACGUGUCGAUUCACGUGCUUCAGGUUCCGAAAUCAUCCAAACAUGCACCCGUAGUGAAAACCCCGAAUAGAGUGGCAAUCACUGAAAGUGAUAGUGGGCGUUUCUUGGUAACCUCGAUUCAGGCAACUGACGCCGAUAAUGACACUCUUUGGUAUGACAUUGUAGGAGGCGAUCCCAGAAGCGAAUUUCACAUCGGCAGAGACACCGGGAACAUACUGCUUGCUCACAAAUUAGACUGGGAAACCCAGCACGAAUAUACUCUUAAUAUUAGUGUUACUGACGCCGUUCAUACUGUCUACACGCAACUUGAAGUAACAGUGAGCGAUAUAAACGACCAUAGGCCUGAGUUCUCCGAAAGUUUUUAUAAAGUUGAAAUAUCCGAAGCAGUCCCGGUAGGUACCGAAAUUCUCAGAUUAAAGGCUAGCGAUCGAGAUGAGAGCAGCAAGUUGGUUUACGAAAUGUCUUCGGCACGUAACAUGGCUUCCCUUCAGAUAUUUAAGCUGGACUCAAUCACCGGCGUAAUUUCGCUGGCUUUAAACUUAGAUCGGGAAUCCCUAAGUGAGCAUUUGCUCACGUUUGUGGUACGAGACGGUGGUACUCCGGCGUUAAGAAACUAUGCCAGAGUUCUUAUAAUUGUGCACGACCACAAUGACCACAUUCCACAGUUUUCCGAACAAAUUUUAGUGGGGCGCGUUUACGAAUCGGCAGCGGUUGGUAGUGCGGUCAUCAGAGCGUUUGCCAUUGAUCAUGACAAAGGAGAGAAUGCCAGAAUUACGUAUUCGAUCACGUCGGGAAAUGUUGGAAAUGUAUUUGCCAUCGACCCUGAUCUUGGUAUCAUACAAGUUGCGCGUGAAUUAGACUUGACCAUUGCCAAAGAGUACACAUUGUUCAUUAAGGCUACCGAUCACGGUAAUCCUCCUCUGUCGUCCACAAUUCGUGCGCACAUCAUGCUCGCUAUGGCAGAUAAUGCCCCGCCACGUUGUCUCAACAAAGAGAUUACUGCCGAAAUAUUUGAAGACCAGCCUGUGGGUAGCUACAUCGCGCACCUCGACGUUCGAAGCACCUCUUCCAUUCAGUUUGAAAUUGUAGACGGUAACGAUGGUUCGUUUAUGAUCGGACCCAGUACUGGCGUCAUCAUUACUUACAAAGAGCUGGACUAUGAAACCACAAAGUACUACAACUUGAGCGUCACCGCCACAAACAUGGCGAGCGCAUCUACCUCCUGCACAGUUAUCGUUCAUAUUCUAGACAAAAAUGACAAUGCCCCCCAGUUCUUACAAGCAAACUACUCUGGAGUUAUCAGCGAAGCGGCACCGAUAAACUCCCUACUACUCACAAACACAAGCGAUCCUCUGGUUAUAAAAGCGUUUGACGCAGACUCCGAAAUUAACUCGCUCUUGCACUAUGACAUCAUUGAAACGCUUCCAAGACAAUACUUUCAUAUCGACGCAACCACGGGGGCGAUCCGAACCGUUCGAUUUUUGGACCACGAACUCUACAGUUCGUUCACAUUUCACGUGCAAGUUUCGGAUUUGGGAAAGCCAAAGCUAUCGUCGGAAACAGUGGCUCGCGUCGACAUUACAAUACUCGACGUAAAUGACUCGCCACCUCGCUUUUCAGAUUCAAUAUACAACGCCACGCUCCUAUUGCCGACUUACAAAAACGUGGCAGUUAUUGAGGUGAACGCUACCGAUCCGGAUGCGUCGGACAACGCCUCUUUGCGCUAUGACAUAAUUGAAGGCAACAAGAAUGAGAUCUUUGCCAUAAACUCGCGCACAGGACUGAUAACCGUGGUGGAUCCAGACCAUAUGAAGUCCCUACAUAAACUACAAGUCCGAGUAUCCGACGGAAAGUUCUCGAACGUCGCCAAAAUAUACAUCAAGGUGGAGCAAUCGGAGAACUCAGGGUUGAUAUUCCAAAAAUCAGUCUACGAAGGAUCGGUCAUUGAGAACUCGACGAAGAUUACAACAGUAUGCGUUGUUAACGUCUUGGGAAGCGCGCUGAAUGAACAUUUGGAAUUUCGCAUACUGAACCCGAAUGAAAUGUUCAGCAUAGGUCUAACGUCGGGAGUCAUUCGUACCACAGGAUUAAGAUUUGAUCGCGAAGCAAAAGAUCAAUAUGAGCUAAUUGUGGAGGCCCGAAGUCAAGUCCCAGACCGGGAAAGGCCACGAGUAGCUCAUGUUGUUGUUAACGUUACCGUUAUGGACGUUAACGACAACUGCCCAAUGUUCGUUAAUCUUCCGUAUUACGCCGUCGUUUCGGUUGAUGAUGUAAAGGGCAGUGUUAUUGCCAAGGUCCACGCUAUUGACAUGGACAGUUACGAAAACGGGGAGGUUCGUUACGAACUAAUCAAAGGCCAUGGGGAACUCUUCAAAGUACAACGAGAAACUGGCGACAUCGAAAUCAAGCAAAGCUUAGAAGGUCAUAACAGAGAAUACGACUUGCUAAUAGCAGCCUAUGAUAAAGGAAUUACACCGUGCAGAACUGACGUAACGGUUCACAUUAAAGUAAUUGACCGCUCCAUGCCAGUUUUUAAGAAACAAUUUUAUUCGGAGAUCGUUCCCGAAAAUGUAGAGUUGCACUCCCCUUUGGCCUUAUCAGUUCAGGCGGAAUCGCCUUUGGGCCGUAAAUUAAUUUACAGCAUUGUUAAAGGAAACGACUUGGAAGAAUUUGCGCUAGAUUUCAAUACCGGAGACAGUUUUAAACCAGAAAGAUCAAUAGACAAUCUUUCGCUUUUCUUAAAAGAGUUUUUACUUUCUGAUCGACCACUUUUUAAUAUCACAGAAGCCCCCGACAGUAACAAUGGGCCUUGUGAGUAUUACUACAUAGAUACAUACUAG